AUGGCUCGGGCAGCUGGCGCCGGGGCGGCCCAGAACAUGGACCUCUGUGCGGUUGUCACCCUGGACGUCAGGAAUGCGUUCAACUCGGCACCCUGGAAGCUGAUUGAUGCAUCGCUGCAGUGGUGUAACACUCCCGAGCACCUGAUCAACGUCAUUCGAUCGUACAUGUCCAACCGGUCAGUCCUCAUCGACAGGGACCCCGACACCAACGCAGCGCAUCUCCCUGUAUCGUUCGGCGUUCCGCAGGGGUCGGUUUUGGGCCCCACUCUGUGGAACCUCUUCUACGACGGUGUUCUAAGACUCAGUGUUCCAGGCCCGACCAGGCUCAUAGCGUUCGCCGACGACGUGGCCGUCGUCGCAGUGGCCCACAAUGCGGAGCUACUGGAGCUGGCCAUGAAUUCAGCACUCUCGGCCGUCAGCACCUGGAUGGCCGAAAACGGACUGUCGCUGGCCCCAGAGAAGUCGGAGAGCAUCGUGCUGACCAACAAGUAUGCCUAUCGGCAACCAGAGUUUGCCAUGAAUGGCUGUCCCGUUCCGGUGAAGAGUUCACUCCGCUACCUCCGCGUUCACCUGGACACCAGACUGUCCUUCGUGGAGCAUGCACGUGUGGUAGCUGCUGGAGCCAAUAAGGCAGCAACCGCCCUGGGUAGGCUCAUGCCGAACACCGGAGGUCCCACUCAGUCCAAGCGUCAACUCCUGAUGAGCGUCGUAUACAGCAGGCUGCUGUAUGGGGCCCAGAUCUGGGCGGACGAAGUCUCCAGUACUAAAAAGGCAAAGAGCCUAAUGACCCAAGCCCAGAGGUGCGCAGCACUGAGAGUGGCUCGCUGCUACCGCACGGUCUCGGACAUGGCAGCGCUAAUAUUGGAAAGAAUGCCUCAGGCCCCACACCUGGCGCACGAGAGGAAGAGCUACGCAGAGUCGAGGAGAACAGGCACGCCCCACGCCAAACCAGAGUUGCGGAAAGAGGUCAUUCGCCAGUGGCAGUCCACCUGGGAUGCCACCAGCAAGGGUUCAUGGACGAAACGGCUGAUCCCGGACGUGGGCAGAUGGUGGUACUAUGGCCCCAAGACAACCACAUACCGUAUGUCGCAGGCACUGUCGGGUCAUGGUUGCUUUCAAGCAUACCUAUUCAAGAGGGCUAGAGCACAAAGCCCGGCGUGCAUGCAUUGCACCGCAGUCCACGAUGACGCAGAGCAUACCAUCUUCAACUGUCCCUUCUGGAACGAUUCCAGAGCGGAACUGACAAGAUCCCUCGGCAGACCAUCUCGCCCCGAGGAUGUGGCUGACCUAUUGUGUGGUCCUAUUCAAGAGGAUCUGCCAACGGAGAGAUGUCAGCAGGUCAGGUUGUUGGCGGCAGCAAGGAGGAACUCAAGCCUUUUCGCAGAAAUGGUUGAGUCCAUAUUGGGCCAAAAGGAGACGCUGGAGAGAGCGAGGCAGAAAGCGGCAGCAGCAGCCACAUAA